AUGUUUCGGCAUCUGGGCACUUUUCCCUUCUUCUUUAGUGCCACAAUCACUGACUUUCCCAUUGUCAAUCACGUUGCCCCUGAAGCAGUAGGAAGCCCUUUUAAAAGCCUGAGUCACGCCCGGGGGUCGCUGGAAUGGCUUAUGUCCCGGACUGUGGCGCUUGUGAGGGCUGCAGAUGCGUAUCGCCUGAGCGGGGACUCGGCUGUACCAAUCCCGGCCGCAUUCGUCAUGGAGCAGCAAUUGCUGAAUGCUGAAUUGGCUGGCUGGCGGGGAGGUCUCCUUUCGUUCGAGCCUAAGUCUUGCGGCACGAAUGAAUUGAUGCGCGUCAUUCUAGAGAUGCGCUGGCUCGUCUGCAAGAUAUGGGUGAAUACCUGUCUAGCACGCGAGGAAAUCAUCUACGACAAUCAUCGUAGCGAAUUUUGCUGUUUGGUGGAGCUCGGUAAACGCGCAAUCUCUUCCCGAGGUGCAUUUACCACAAAGAUUGCCCGGUUCAUGUUUGAGAUGGCGCACUGUCCUAUCUUACACUUCGUCGUCCUCAAGUGUCGUUAUCUUCGUCUACGGCUGGAGGCCCUGUCACUUGUAAAAGAGCUCUCUUGCCCGAGACAGAUGCUCUGGGACGCCGGUGUCAGUUACGCACUCGGCCGCCGUAUCGUUGAAAUCGAACAUGGCCUUGAGCUUUCGUUGGAAAAGGCUGUGACGCUUAGCGACGUUCAUAAGGACUUGAAUUUGCCAAGCGAGGGCCAGCGUGUCUUAGGUGCAGCUGUUGAGCGACAAGUAGGCGAGCAUUCCUGUGUCAACGGCACCAAGGUGCUACGCAGAAAAACGCGCUUUCUGACACGGGACCUCGAGAGCGGCGGCUUGAAGGCUGUACAGGAUUGGAUUACCAUCCGAAAGAUAACACCAAUAUGA